GCAGCUCAUUGAUUUACAACAUGAUCCAAACUGUCAACUAAAGACACUGUUGAGAUUUUUGGGUCCUGCUGCAUAUGAAGCAUGUCAGUAUGUGGCUAGAGUUGUGGAUGAAAACCCAUUACUUCUGAGAGAGCUGAAUCUGAGUAAACAUAAACUAAACUUAAAGCUGCUCGCUCCUCUAUUGCAGGAUAAACACUGUAAACUGAACAUACUGGUUCUGAAUAACAGCUCUAUCAAAGAUGAAGAUUGUAGUGUUCUGGCUAAGGCUUUAAAUUCAAACCCUUCAAAUUUGAAAGAGCUGGAUUUGACUGGGACUAAACUCAGAGACUCAGGAAUGAAGAUCUUCUCGACUCUGUUUAAGAACAAACAAUGUAGACUGGAAAAGCUUAAGUUUAAUUGUAUCUGUAUUUCAAAAGAAGGUUGUGCUGCUCUCACUGCAGCAUUUAAUUCAAACCCCUCAAACCUGAAAGAGAUGGAUCUGAGUGAGAAUCAACUAAGAGACCCUGGAGUAACAGAAAUCUCCACUCUUCUGGGAAAUUCACAAUGCACACUAAAGAUACUCAGAAUGUCAAACUGCAGUAUCACAGAGGAAGGUUAUAAAGCUCUGGCUUCAGCUUUAAGAUCAAACCCUUUACACCUGAUAGAGCUGGAUCUCACAGGAAAUGAUCCUGGACAAUCAGGGGUGGAGCAGCUGCUCUGGCUUCAGCUUUAA